ACAAGAAAUCGCUUGAAACUCACUCUCAACGCACACACACACUCACAGUCCCGAUUCAAACCAUGGCCAUCAAGUUCUUCCUGCUGGUCAACAAGCAGGGCAACACGCGCCUCGCUCAGUACUACGACCAGGGCCCACAGGACAGGGUGUCCGACCGCGUCGUCCACGAAGCAGAAAUCAUCCGCAAGUGCCUCUCCCGCGCCGACUCGCAGUGCUCGUUUAUGGAGUACCGCAACUACAAGAUUGUCUACCGGCGCUAUGCAGCGCUCUAUUUCAUCCUGGGCGUCGACAGCGAAGAGAACGAACUGGCCAUUCUCGAAUUCAUCCAUGCAGUCGUAGAGACACUCGAUCGCUACUUUGAAAGCGUGUGCGAACUCGAUAUCAUGUUCAACCUCGAAAAGGCUCACAUCAUCCUCGACGAGAUGAUCAUCAACGGGAAAAUCGUAGAGACCAACAAGAAUCAAAUACUAAUGCCUCUCGCGCUCAUGGAGAAGGCCAGCACCAAGUCAUAAACCAUCAGACAUCCUUCCCUUUGCGCUGCGCAAUUCCCUCAAAAUUGUCUUGAUUUAUAUCCAAAUCGCUUGUACAGCAAUAUUGAAACAUCCCCUCCCUA